AUGGUUGAGCGCAAUCUGGUUCCGGCCAUUGAGUACUUGCUCUGGGUGGAUCCCUCCGGGUACGAGACAGGCUUUGGACUCGAUUCUUGGAAGACUUGGAUCGAAAGAGUAUUUGGCCCAGAAGAACGGGGAGGAGGAAGUGGUGCCCGGUGCUUUGGAUGCUUUGGUACGUUCCACUACGAGGAGAGCACACGCACUGUGCCUCCCGGUUGGGCAACGCCAAUGUCAGUGAGCCCCGAUAAAUGGCCCGGGCCACAGACCGAGUCCUCGCUUGAGGCCAAGACCGAGCUGAAGCCGUAUACGAUCAACUUUGGCCCCCAGCAUCCGGCAGCGCACGGUGUCCUGCGGCUGAUUCUGGAGCUCGAUGGCGAAGCCAUUGUGCAUGCGGACCCGCAUAUUGGGCUUUUGCACCGUGGCACAGAGAAGCUUAUGGAGUACCGCACGUACCUGCAGGCGCUGCCGUACAUGGACCGCCUGGACUACUGCUCGAUGAUGACCAACGAGGAGGUGUACUCGAUGGCCGUCGAGAAAAUGCUCAACAUUGAGGUACCCAUCAGGGCGCAGUAUAUCCGCGUGCUGUUUGCUGAAAUCACCCGCCUGACGCCGUUCCUGUACUUGUUCGAGGAGCGUGAGCGCUGCAUGGAGUUCUAUGAGCGCGUAUGCGGUGCCCGCAUGCACUCGGCGUAUGUGCGGCCGGGCGGUGUUGCGCAGGACAUUCCACGUGGGCUGCUGCAGGACAUUUACGAGUGGGCGGACCAGUAUCCGGAUAGGCUGGAUGAGGUCGAGGAGAUGGUGACGUCGAACCGGGUUUGGCUUGCGCGCACGGUGGAUGUUGGCAAGAUCACGGCCAAGGAGGCGCUGGACUGGGGCAUCACUGGGCCGAUGCUGCGGUCGACGGGGAUCCGGUACGACAUCCGCAAGUCGGCGCCGUACGAAGUGUACGACCAGCUGGAGUUCGACGUGCCAAUUGGCACCAAGGGCGAUGUGUUUGAUCGCUACUUGAUCCGCAUGGAGGAGAUGCGGCAGAGUAUCCGGAUCAUCAAGCAGUGCCUGGACCAGAUGCCCGAGGGCCCGCAUAAGGUGGAUGACUGGAAGGUUUCGCCGCCGCCGAGAGAUGCGAUGAAGCAGAAUAUGGAGGCAUUGAUCCACCACUUUAAGCUGUUCUCGAGGGCUACAAUGUGCCGGCCGGCGAGACGCGCCCAAGGGCGAGAUGGGCAUGUAUAUGGUGUCGAUGGGUCGACCCGCCCGUAUAAGGCGCAUGUGCGUGCACCUGGGUACUACCAUUUGGGCGCCAUCAACAUCUUUAUGAAGAACGCGCUGUUGGCUGAUGUCGUUGCCGUUAUCGGAACGAUGGACCUGGUUUUCGGCGAGGUUGAUCGUUAG